CUAUCUGGUACUAUGUGGUGUGUACUAAACAGUAACUGGUGCGCAUGAGAAACCAGCAUUUUUUUACAUGUUGUUUUCUUUAUUUUCCCGUUAGGGCCUCUGUACUGUAGUUUUGUCUAUUAACUUAACUGUAUAAUAACUUUACAACACACACAAUGUUUAUCAUAUUUUUACGGGUCAUGUUACUUUUUGUUUGUUUGUUUUAUCUUUUUUUAAUGUCUUGGUUUUUUCAGUCUCAGAACCGGCUCCCCCGCUGACAGAUGUAGAGGUUCACCGCCGCCACGAAGAGGAGCAGGAAGUGGUGCCAAAGCUUCCCUGAUUUCACACCUGCCACACCAGAAACAUCAGUGCUGUCCCUUCAGAAUAAAAGCUCCAUAAAUUAACUGUUUCUGGUUUCAGUUUUUUAACACAUCAUUUUAUUCUCUUUUAAUCUAAUUUAAAGUUUUGUUUAUAAAAAGUGUCAAAAUAAAAAAUUAUUUUUCUCAGAAAAAAAAUAAUCAAAAUUUAGAAAAUAAGAUGAUGUGAUGGAGCUUUUUCAUGGUCAUACCAACAAGAGUUUCACAGAAAAAAAGUUUUUUUAAAUUAAAGCUAAACAGAAGAAGAUCUGAGACACAUAAGAGAAAUAUUUAUUUGUUGAGAUCAAAUAAUUAUCAUGACGAUGAGCUUAAACUAUUAUUUUCACCUUAUAUUGUUUAAUAUAUUUUAAUUUAAUACUUUAUUAAUAAGAGUCAUCUUUACAUAACAGUGCUUUUUGUUCUUUUUUAAUAAUUUAUCUUUUCUUUUUAAUAUUUAAGUACUUUAUUGUACUUUCAGUCAUUUUUGUGCAAAGAAAAGCGUUAAAAUAAAUACACCAAAAUGCCAAACCUUCCAACUGUCUUUUAUUUUGAAAGCUCAGACAGGAAGUGCUGCCCACAGGCUCUGUCUGGUUUGACUCUCAGCCCGCAAAGUCCUGGAACUGCCAUGAGACUGGGGUCUCUGAGAGGAAAAAAGAGGGAAUGAACAACACGCCGCCAGGAUUACGGUUGCUCAGGCCUCCGACGGUGAUCGGCCAGUUCCACACCUUGUUCUUCGGCUCGGUGCGGAUGUUUUUCUUGGGAGUUCUGGGUUUUGCUGUCUACGGGAAUGAAGCUCUGCACUUCAGCUGUGAUCCGGACCGUCGGGAGCUCAACCUGUUCUGCUACAACCAGUUCAGACCCAUAACACCUCAGGUCUUCUGGGCGUUGCAGCUGGUUACCGUUCUGGUUCCUGGAGCAGUUUUCCACUUAUACGCUGCUUGUAAGAACAUCGACCAAGAGGAGAUUCUGGAGCGACCCAUCUACACCGUCUUCUACAUCAUCUCUGUUCUUCUGCGCAUCAUUCUGGAGAUCAUCGCGUUCUGGCUGCAGAGCCAUCUCUUUGGCUUCCAGGUUCACUCGCUGUACACGUGCGAUGCCAGCUCUCUGGAAAAGGCCUUUAAUGUCACUAAGUGCAUGGUACCAGAACACUUUGAAAAGACCAUCUUCCUCAGCGCCAUGUACACCUUCACCGUCAUCACCAUCCUGCUGUGCAUCGCUGAGAUAUUGGAGAUUCUCUUCCGAAGGCUCGGUUAUCUCAACAAUCAGUGACAGUCAUGAUCUGCUGGGCUUUCCGAGUCCAUCGUGACCGUGGUCCACCACGAGUAUCAGUGGAGGAGUCUCCCCGUUUGUUGCCCUGAGGUGCUGGGCGAAGUUGAUGAUAAAAGAACCUCCUUCAUUGA